CGACGGAGGCUGAAGAACGGUCAACGGUAGGCUCAUAUGUAUUUUUGUUUUUCCUUUCAUGGUUGUUUAUCUGGUUUCUGGGUUCUGAUAUAUUUUUUUUGGGUUUCGGUCGAGUGGUGGAGGAGGAGGGAUUCUUUAGUCGUCGAGAUCUCCGGCGGCAAAGUUCCGACGACGUCAGAUCUGUGAAUGGACAGAUUUGGGUUACUGAUAUGGGCUUGGAGUUACAGACCUAAAAGUAUGAAAUGAGAUUGACCUCAGCUCCAACUAGUUGUCCAGGACUAGUUCAUUUAUUGUGUACAAUUUGUGAUGGCCUAUGGCCCGUGCAAUUAAUUACAAUUUACAACAAUGAUUUUCGGUGAUAUAUAAUUUCUAUUGAAUGUAUAAUAA